AUGUCGGUAAUUGCUGAAUCUGCUGAAUCUGCUGGGAGAAAGUGGUCGGUUGAAGAAGAAAUACAGUUGUUUAGUUUAAUCUGCGACUAUAAACCAGCAGGGAAAAAGAAACAUGAGAAUGUCAAGAUAAUAUGCAAUAAAAUAAACCAGGAGGUGAAUGUGCUGAAGGAGGAGCCACUUACCGAUGAUGAUGUAUGGCAGAAACUUGGGGAAUUAUACAAUCUACCGAGAAUUGACGCUAUAGAAGAUAAUGGGAGUGAAGAAAGUAUCGAUGUACAAGAAACAAAAGAAACUGAAGAUGAAGACUCGCCAGUUAAAGGGGGAGCCAAUGCUGAGAAGGAGGACAAACUGGUGUCCGAUGUAAGGAAAGAGAGUGAAAGUGAAAGCGAGAGCAAAAGCGAGAGCGAGAGCAAGAGCGCGAGCGAGAGCGCGAAUGAGAAAGAAAAUGAGGCUUUACUGGAAGAAGAAGAAGAGGAGGAGGAGGAGGAGGAGUCUAAUGACGAUUCUACAACCAAAUCAAAUAAACGGAAAACAAGAAGUCAAUUUGCACCAGAGAAUUUGAAGAAACGACGGUUAAGAAACUCUACAGUAGAGAAAGAAGAGAGCAUUAUUGGUCAAAAGACAUUUAUCGAAGACAGCGCGGAAAAAGAGACCAAAGACAAAUCAUCGGAUACUCAAAAUGAUGAUCAUGGUAAAAAGGAGGAGGAGGAGGAGGAGGAGGAUAAUAGUGAUGACAAUGAUCAUGUAGUAGUAGCGCACCUGGCUGAUCAGGCAAAUGCCCUGAAAGAAGAUAAGAAAAAUAGCAGUAUAAAAGAGGAAAACCACUUGGAAGAAAAUCAAUCAAAGGAAACUCAUUUGGAUGACAAUGAGGAAGAAGGCGAUAAUGAUGAUUCAGCGCCUGCAAAUAGAACAAGACAAAGACAACCUAAUACGGAAACAUCAACAGCAACUUUGUUGCCAAGAAAAAGAACCAGGCUCAGUGUCAAAUUGGGUGACGACCAAGAGGAGCCUGUACAAGUACAAUUGACAUCUACAAGGAAAAAGACAAAGUACACAGAGGCUGAUCAGGAAUCGUCGCCUCCUCCUGCUGCUGCUGCUGCUGCUGCUCCGUCAUUGCCCACUCGAAGGAGAACAAGGUCGGAAACUCAUAUCAAAGAUGAAGACAAUUGGCAAGAGCAAGAGCAGCCUAUUUCCGAGGACGAGGGGGAAACGAAUGCAAAUGCAAAAAGUGGGAACAAAAAAGACAGAAUACGAAAAACUGAUAAAGCAGAAAAAGUCGAUGCAAAUCAAUCAAGUUUGCAAACAAGGAGGUCUAGUAGAAGUAUCAACGUACAGCCGGCUGCAACGCGACAGCCACUGGUGAGAAGAAGUUCAAGAAAGAAAUAA